AUGAACUUCUGCGACGGUAGGCCACCACCCCUUAGCUCAGCAGCAGCAGCAGCAGCAGCAGCAGCAGCAGCAGCAGCAGCAGCAGCAGAAGGAGCGGCAGCAGCAGCUGCAGAAGUAGCAGCAGUAGCAGCAGCACUAGUGGCAGCAGCAGCAGGGGCAGCACCAGAUUCUCCGCAUCGUAGUGAACCUUUGAGAAGGCCGAGCCAGCAGCAGCAGCAGCAACAACAAAGCAAGCAGCAGCAGCAGCAGCAGCAGCAGCAGAAAAAGCUCAGAAGGACGCAGCCAGACUUGUCGAGCUUCGGUAAGGAAUGCAUGCAGCAGCGGUGA